AAAGUUUUGUUAGUUUUGUGUUUUAAGAACUGAGACACAGAGAUUUCUGUAGAAUAUCUUUCAUAUCCUUAUCCAAACAGUCAUUAACGACAUAAAAGCCGCGUUUGAUCUCAUCAGGACCCGAUAUCUGGUAACUUCAAGCUGUGUUUAUACACUUAUCUCGAUCAACGACGAUCUAUUGCUACAAGAUGUAUUUCAUACCAUCAAUACCAUAUAGAGAGGAACCUUAUUCUCCAUAUUGGGGUACAAUUAACUCGCAAACUAAGUAACUAUAAGUCCAAAUACCAUUUCUCAUACUUCACAUGCUAAUACAAAGUAGUUUCUGCGAAGAGGUAUAUAAAUCCUCUAUUUCUGCUGGUUCAAGCUGUGCAUCAAUAGACUGAUGAAAUCAGGAUCAUAUCAUAACUACAUAUAUCGCCGAAUUUAUAAAUACCCUCACAAAUAUCACUUAUCGUACGUUCUUCUCCUCAUAACCCUUCCUUAAUGUUAAAUUACGAGAAUUGCUCUCUCGCUCAAUAGGCUAUAGCAAGUUAAAUGCUAAUAUCUGGACAAUAAUAGUAUACUACGCCUACAAAGGAAUCCGCGCCAACGCCAACCGACCAGACGCCAUCAUCCGAAAUCUCCCCUAUCUUGGACUCGCAGGAGUAGGUAUCCUAAGUGCACUUUUCCACUCCACAAACAAGUACUGGACACAAUGGUGUAUGUUAAGCAUCUCCGCAUUCUCUCUUCUCCUGACACUAUCCCACAUCUCGGAUAAGUAGUAACUACUCGUAAUAACUCACCCGUACUGACAAAUCAAGUCGACGACACCUCCAUGUUGAUCGCUACAUCUGCCGUCGUCCACCGAGUAUUCACUUAUGAUAAACCAUUCAAAUACACCGUUAUUCAUGGAUCUUCUUUAUUUAUAUUCAUGGUUGCGUUUAUAGCUUGGCAUUGUAUUACCGAUGAGACUUUAAUCCAUCCUAUUCUUUUCGGUAAGAGGACAUUCUCAGCUCCUUUCCCUUGACCCCGCGCCAAAACAUUGAAAUAAGUAACUAUAACUAACAAACAAUAGGCAUUGAAAUAGCAUUCGUAGGUAUCAAAACACGCAGUAUUAUUAAUCUCCGCGUGGGAGAUAAAUUAGUACGGAAACAAGUCAAAAAAUUAGUUACAUAUGGUGGUGGUACGUCCCCUCUCAUCCUCACCCUCAUCCCAUCCACAUCCCAUUCCCAUUGUCCAUAUCAUCCUCCAUCCCCCUCCCAACUAACCACCAACCCACAGUAAUCUUCAUAACCGGCUUCAUCCUCUGGAACAUUGACAAUACAUUCUGUCCCUCCCUCACACAAACCAAACGAUCCAUCGGCAUGCCGUGGUCUUUUCUCCUAGAAUUACAUGGCUGGUGGCAUGUUCUUACGGGGAUCGGUGCUUAUAUUUGUAAGAAUUCUCUCUCUCUAUAUAUAAGUCUAUAAACAUCCCUCUCCACUCCCCGCCUCCACCUCAAAACCGCAAAACCAAAUCACUCCUUCAAUUUUCCCUUUCCCCUUUUUCCAGAAAAUAAGUAAUAAAUGACAACAAAUCCGGGGAGUGUGGGCGGGGGAAGGAGUAUAUGAAGGCGUACCAACUACAGAAUAAACAAUACCUACCUACAUCCUACAUAUAGCUAACACCCCUCACCAAAAAAUAGUCAUAGCACUAGUAGAAUACCUCACAUCCUCAGAAGCAGGCCAAGAGCUAGGAAAAAGUUUCGCAUGGCCUGUAGGUUUGAUUUUGGGAGGUGGAAAGACGCAUCCUACAAAUAUGGUGGGUGGAUUUGUGAAUGGGAGUGUAGAUGGGAAUGGGAAUGGAAAGGUCCCGUAUGAGUCUGAGUCGAUUUAUGAGAGGACGAAGAGCGACUAGAUGGUGUAGAUGUAUAGAUACAUGUUCAAAUAUUCAGAUGUUCAGAUGGAUAGAUAUAUAAAUAGGUCGCAGUGGUAUUCAUAUGUAUCUCAUAAAGGAAUUUAAUGAGUCCAUAAUUAUAGCUCUACAUACCU